AUGAUUUCAAAUUCAUAUUAUUGGAGAGUAGUGAUGAUAAUUGAAUAUAAUAUGAUAACAAUAAUGAUAAUGAUUGUAAAAGCUGUAAUUAAAAAAAACAUACCUGUAACGUGCUGCUGAAGGAGUUAUUUCGCCCCUCACACUGACAGAAGAUCACAGGUAAGAUGUGAAACUUGGCCGUCUUUUGGAGUGUGUGUCAUUAAAAUGCAGAUGCUCAGUUUAUCCUGCAGGUCAAAGUUGACUCGUUUUCAAGUUUGAAAAUGUGGGGAAAAAAUAUAUAUUUUCACUGUGAAACUUCUGAUGUCCAAAUUUUCAACAUUUUUGAGAAAUCUUUGAACAUUUUUUGGUGGAAAAAGGAAAUGUUGAAAAUGUUAACAUUCACACACAAAAAAUCACUGGAUUUUGGUUGAUUUUUUUGUGAACGUUCUUAAGAAAAUAAUAGAAGUUUUACUGACAUACAUGUAAUCACUUUAAAUAUUUUUAGGAUUUUUUUGGGAAGAUUUUUACUCAUUUUUUGGAAAAUAUUUACAACAAUUUUCUUGCCAAAUUUGGGGGAUUUUUUUUAAAUAAAACUUUUUAGGGAAACUUUUAAGGAAUUAUUGGAAUUUUCUUCCAGAAGGUUUUGCAAAUUUUCAGAAAUUUGGAGAAAUUUUUUUGCUGAAUUUUGGAUUUUUUUUCAGACAAGGAAACAACAUUUUUUGGUGCCCUUAAAUGAGGACAACAGGAGGGUUAAAUGCAGCUUUGCAGCAGCUUUACUGCACUACAGUCAGGGAUGAAACUUAAGGCAUGUUUAGCAUGAAUUAGGAACAAGGCUUAGAAAGGUGUUAUAUUCUUGUUUUCACUUUUAGUUUGGCUCCAUGACAGAGUGUGUGUGCACUUUAGGGCAUCCCUGUUGGUAGUUGAAGCUCUUCAUGACUAUAUUACAUUAAAUACUCAAACUCAGUCUUCUAAUUAACAUCCACUCCAUGAUUUUGCUCAGCCAAGUUUGAAUUGAGCACCACCGAGCUGGAGAUGAGCCAAAGCAGGAAGAGGAAACCCCAGUGCUUUUUGGCCAUGGUGAAGGUUAUAAAUAGCAGGUAUUUGUGUUCCAAACAGGUGAUGAGAGAUAUUUUUUUCUAUUUUGAAACUUAUCGUAGAAAUCCCUAAUGUAUGGAAUAAUGCUGUAUUCAUGAAAUGAGUUAAAGAGGUUCAGCCGCCCUUCAGCUCAAAAAUGAGCAGACUUUAAUUAAGUUCAUGAUGUUUUUCUCGCCCACGUUCUGUAUUCUUGGCACACACAGCGGUAGCACUUCCUAUCAGUUCUGAGGUGAUGCUGGAGGUUUAUGAAGUAAACAGGAAAACAUAGCAUAAACAUGAAGGAAUAUUUCUCCGUGUCUACAACUGCUGUUGUGUUUACAGUAUAUAAGAGAAGUGAAAAACAUCCCGUGCAAUAUCACUUCAAUGUCAAAUUAUUCAAAAGUGCAUCACCUUACAGUGAAUGUCUUACUACUAAGUUGAACGGUGGGGUAUUUGUUGUUAUGUAAAGUGAAAAACUAACAGUAUAGAUUGACUUUAUUAAAAAUGGAGGCCCCAUCAUAGAGACACAAUGCAACAAAAUUCAGUACUCUACGUAGGUCGUGUUACUACUGAGAUUCAUAUCUUUAAAUUUUUAACACUUCACAUGUCCACUUAUAUUUGAUGAAAGACUAAAUCCUUGAUAUGGCGGAGACUAAAUUUCUAAAUAAAGUCCUACCAUCUUUCAGAGACUUUUUUUUCAGCAGCUCUUUACUGAGUGGUUAUGUUAGCCUAGCCGCGCUAGACCCAUGCUCUGAAGACGCAAGGGUCUAGGCACUCUCGACAGGGAGGGAGGCGGGCUAAAAGGUUGCCUAUCAAAUCCCUCUACAGCAACUGGGUAGGUAUACAACCAAUCAGCGCAACAAAUAGGCUCCGAGAGCGCCGGAAAUCAGAGGAUGUGGUAGUUCGGUGAAGCCUUAUUUAUACAGUCAAUGGGUGAAGCUCAAGUAUAUUACAGACAUGUUAACAGAAAGAUUAUUCAGAGUCGGUGCUAAUGGAGCUCAACGACUGUUGUCGUUUUUGUUGUCGACCCUGGCAGAGAAUUAAAUUCGUUGCCGUGGGUUGUCUAGCGCGGCUAGACUAGUUGUUUCCGGUUGUUUCUGUCAGAAUCGUCGUGCCUCUGUCGUCACUUCUGACUCUACACUUCAUGGUGAUUGGUCAGGCCAGUUUUAGGAGAAUCCAGCCUCGAGCCUUAUGGAGGGUAACUAGAACCACUCUGGCAGAGAAUUAAAUUCGUUGCCGUGGGUUGUCUAGCGCGGCUAGACUAGGGUUAUGUGGCUUAUAGUUGUCACUUUUUUGCCUUUACAAUUUUUUCUUUGUGCUUUGGAUCACUGUUCUGCUGGAAUAUUCCUUUUCUGCAAACUGCUACUUUUUGCACUCAUGCAGCCUUAUAUCAUGACGCUCUGUUCUUCACUGUCAGAACUUUGCAUUCAUUGUGGUCCACAGUCUCGUGUGAAAUAUACUAGACAUCUGAUCCCAACAAAUUUGUCUUGGUCUCAUCUGAUCAAAAAAUGCUUUCAGUAUUAAUCAGGCUUCUUUUAACAUCCUUUAGCAAAGCACUUUCUGGUCUGGUUGCAGACAACCACUGCUGAUUAGUGGUACUAUGAUUUGUUCUUGACCUCCUGAUUACUGUUGCAACUGUGUUUCAGCUGAUUUUUAGUUGAUCGCCAAUCGUCCUGUAUUCUAUUUAAUAUUUCUGAAGACUCACAAUCACAUUUUUCAGUUCCUCUGGCAAUUCAUUUCAGUGUGGAGCCAUGAUGUAGACACGCAUAUAUACACAGUCUAAAGGUCUCAAACUGAGAAAGCUCUGUGUUGGGGGAUGAUUUUAUAACAAUGUUAAUGCAAUUAGGCUAACUGGAAGUCACAGAUAUAAUCAGUUUAGUUCCAGUGAUCACAGGUUCUGUCAUUAGGUUCCUACUUUGUGGCCUGUAUUUUCAAUAUAUCCUCUCUAAAUUAUUUGUUUUUUUGAUUGUGUACAGGAAAUAAUGCAGUUGAGAGGCCAUUCCAUUUGAAUCAUUUGACAUUUUGGUGAUAUUGCAGGGUAGUGUACUCACCUCUCUUGACUGUUAAUAUCAAGAAAUGGGUCAAAAAUAUAGAUAUUUUAUAAUAUAUUUCCGUGUCACAAAUAGAAAGUUGAAUAGAUUAAGCUUGCUGAAGGUAUUUCUGUAUUUUUCAACAUUUUAAAAUUUUCCAGAAUCAGCAAUGACUUAUCCCCUUGGCCUUAAGAACAGCAGACUUCCAUAGCCUAAUGACGUUUGAUGCUGUAUAACACAACUCUCACACCCUAUUAAGUCUGACAGGUGAACAAGUGAGUAAGGGAACAGUAUGAACUGAAUCCGUCAUCACAAUACAAUGUGACGAGAAAGCCUCUCAGUGACCUACCGCCUUUCUUAACUGGGGAAUUUACAAUCUGACAUGCAGGCUUCUCCCUGGUGACUGCACAGCUGCAAUCCUGUAAACACUCACGCUGCCUUAAAUCAGUUUCACCCACUCUUUUCCCCUCAUUCCCUCGCUCAAACACACACACAACAAAAUGAGAUAAACACCCCAAAACCCAAAACAGUCUACAUCACUUCCCCUUGUGUCUGCCUGCCAAUGUCUUUGGCAAAUGACGCAUGUGUUUGUGUUACAUCUUCUUGCAGUUGUGAAAUGUGUAUAUUUUAGAAGUGGAAGCCUGAAUGGGAACACGUGGAGGGUUUCGGUAAAUGGUUUUGUCCAGGCAUGACAAAGCCUAAUUAGUGAUACUUUUUCUUGUUUUUGUCAAAUCAUCCCGAGAUGUUUUAUUGUACUGAGACAUGUUCGAAAGUAGUGACGUGAAACAAAAGUAUUUUCAAUUAUGUGUACUUAAGCAAUAAAUACAUUUUCAUAAAUUGUACAUACAUUAUAACACUGUAUGCAUACUAUUAUUAUUCAGAUAUAUACAUCAAUAAAAUACGGUGCUUACAGGGGUAAAUGAUACAAUUUGGGGUCAUGUAAAAAUAUAUUUAUAUGCUUCUUUUCUGAGGAAUUUUAACCCACCUGAUCAAGUGGAAGUCUAAAAACACAACUUCACGAGCAACUCUUACUGUAAACGCCAGCGAGAAGCCCAUAAAUAGUGUGAGAAUGCAGGUUCUUCCUCUCAGCAUUCAAUCACAGUUUUGUACAAAUGUCUGACUCAUACUUACUCUCACGAAUUGGGACCUCCUUCUCGUAACUCCCUUAUAAGAGUGCAAAACCUGCUCCUGUUCAGAAGUUGCCUGUACAGAGUCACAUAUUUUUCCUAUUUAUUAUUUAAUUAGCUAUUUAUUUGUAUUUAUUCCUUAUUUAUCUUGUUUCAAGGCUACCUUGAACUUUUUUCUUCCAAAUGUAUUUAAUUCCAAACCAUCCUUUUUCUUACCUGUCUUCUUUAUUCUUGAUUUUUUAUCUUCCUUUCUCUUUAUCGUUCUACCUCCCUGACUCCAACCCACUUCUAUCCUUUAAUAAUCAAGUCAGAGAAGUGCAUCUCUACACAGAAAACCAUAGACGUGGCAUGUAUCUGCAGAUGACCCCAGAUGGGAGAGUGACAGGGAGUGAUGCUCAGACUCCUUACAGUGUCCUGCAGCUAAAAUCCGUUAAACCAGGACAUGCAGUCAUCAGGGGACUAUCGUCAUCCCUGUUCCUCUGUGUGGACAGUGGAGGCCAUUUAAGAGGGCAGAGUCAGUACUCAGAGUCUGACUGCACCUUCAAAGAGCUGCUGCUGGCUGAUGGAUAUACCCGUCUCCUGUCCUCGCACAAUGGACUUCCGGUGUCGCUGGCGUCAAAACAUUCCCCAGAUCGACUCUCAGUCCCUUUCACUCGAUUCCUACCGAUCAGGAACACUUUGACGGGAGCAAGUGUGUCUGAGCAACCAACAAACACUGAAAGGACUUUCAACAUGGACUCUGGUGACCUUCUUGGAAUGGGUCUAAAUUCAUUGGUCAGUCCUCAGUUUUCAGUGAGCAAGUAAGAACCGGACUGCUCUGUUAUUGUGGCUUUGAAAUUCUUUAGAAACCAUGGACCUGACUUUGUUGUGAGAUGAGUAGUUUGUUUCUUUUUGGUUUAUUAUGUCUCUGUGAAGGCAGUAUUGAUCUAAGUUAUUUAUUUAUGUAUUUAUUGUGUAUUUUAAUGGUUAUUUAAAGAUAACUUUGUUUCGAGAUUUUAUGGUUUGUAGUUUAAAGUGUAUGUGUGUGUCUAAGAAACUGGCUCAUAUUGCAACUGAUUUUGAUAUGUGAGGCUUUUGGAGAUUCUCUAAGCUAAAGAGCUUGCCUGGAAAGUCCAAUAAAUCUUACAUUUUACAAUUCAA